UUGUAGUAAACUGAAUAGGGUAAUUGUGUCCCUUGUUUGUACCAUGUUUGUACACACGCUCUCAAUUCCCUUAAAGGCCCCUCUAGGCUUCUGUAGUACUGCUGUAUUUGAACCGCAGUACAAAAUUGUGUGACGUCAUGAAAUAUCAACAAUGGAAUAAUAACAGUGUGGCGUAGAUUUAUUGCGUGAUUGAAGCGGAGCUCGGUAAGCAAGCACAAAAGAUUUCACCCGAGAAACUAACAAUUACCUUCAGUUUUUAUCGUAGACAGUGAACCUUGCUUUGCAUAGUUUCAUUGAUCCGAUUCAAAGUUUGGACAACUGUAGAAGUUUUUAUUGACUGCAUCUCGGCAAAAACACCACUCACCGCCAUCGCGGCAGGAAUUCAGCGAUACCAAUAAUUACAGAAAACGUCCUGGAGUCAAACUGUCAAACUUGUUGAGUGGUCAGACAAUUUUGGUGCGAACUUUUGUUUUCUUAUAAUUAUAAUGGAUAUUAUUUUGAAAAGACUGACUUCGGUUUACUUUCUUGUAAUUGUUUACUCUUGUUUCUUGAAUAUACGGACAACAUGUGCUCCAGUAAAAGAAGAUGAUCGUCGACCAUGGGAGAUUAACACAGGUUUAUGUCCACCAGCAUUGGCUGACCUCUGCAAUUCUGGUGAUGGAGUGACAACACAGCAUGCUUCUAGUAGAAUUAUUGAUGACAUAUCUGCCCCAUCUAUGUCUCUCUUAACAAAACCAAAACAAAAACUCGAUUCCCAAAAUAGCUUUUCAUCACCGUUCUUUGAAGGGGAUAUUGUUUUGGACUUGGACAGUCAAUUCUGGCUUGCUAAGCAGAACCUUGAGGAUAGUAGCAAACGAAAAACACGAGCAAUACGUAAACCCAAGAGUAAAUUAUGGCCAGGAGGUAUCAUCCCUUAUGAACUGGAUACCACAUUUGAUAAGAAGACCGUCGACACUAUAAGAGGAGCAAUGCGACAAUGGGAAAGACAUACAUGCAUUGAUUUCAGAAAGAAAAAAAAGGCCGACAAAGACUAUAUCCAAUUCAAAUUUCAGCCUGGGUGUUGGUCUUACAUUGGUCGGCAAGGGGGAAGGCAGUUGGUUUCUCUUGGUCCUGGAUGUGCCAUUCCUGGAACUGUGUUACAUGAACUCGGGCAUGCAAUUGGAUUCUGGCAUGAACAAGGUCGCAGAGACAGGGAUGAUUACAUUACAAUAGUAGACAAAAAUGUAGCGCCUGGACUGGAGAAGAACUUUGGAAAAAUUGACAAAGCAAACGUCACGUCCAUGGGGUUUAUGUAUGAUUACCAGAGCGUUAUGCACUAUGGAGCAUUAUACUUCACAAAGAACGGCAAACCAACCAUUAAAGUUAAAAAACAAUAUAGAGAUUACGGAUUUGAAAUCGGUCAGAGAGACCGUGUUAGUGAUUUAGACAUUGCACAGAUUCGUGCCAUGUACAAGUGUAAUAAGCUACCUGUUAAAGAGAAAUGUUUUCAAAGCAAAGCAGGUGAUGGCCGCGAGUACCGUGGAAAAUUAGAUUAUACCAGAAAAGGGAUAACAUGCCAAAAAUGGUCCUCAAACUGGCCACAUAAACACAACUAUUAUUCCGACGACAAGAAAGUACAGGAAAAGAAAGGCUUUGGCAAUCACAACUAUUGCCGAAAUCCAGGUGGAAGGCGAGAGAGAUUAUGGUGUUUUACGACCCUGAAGAAUAAGGUGUGGGAUUACUGCGAUAUAAAAAUUUGCGAGAAAAAUUAAGGAUCUCUUUAAUCUGGUUUUAAGCUCUGAUUUCAUCCAUGUUUUAAUUAAAACAGAUACAGAGCAAGGAGAUGACAUUACCAAAUAUUGCAUUUUUUCAGGUAUUUAGAUUUGUACCCAUAGAAACAUUUUUUGUCUCACAUUCUGUGGGGAUUAAGAUGAAAUGUUUUGCUAAUUUGUUUAUCAUUCCUGCAGGCUCUAAAGUAUAGUGUGUAUACAAUACAGCAUGUUAAUACACAAUAAAUUUUCUUUGUGGCUUAUGUCAAUAUUGAAAAUUGUGAUUAGAGAAAUAUGUUAACAAUUUGCUAUAUAGUGACUCUACAGCAUGUCAAUCAAAGAUCUUAUAAACACAAGAUAGCGUUCUCCGCGAUUUAUGUGUGCAAAUUCUGUAAUAAGGCAUGAAUGGCGCCCACUUGCUAAAUUGGAAACUUUUGACCCUUGACCGCGCCACUUUAC